UCUCGUAUGCAUGCCUAUCCCGGGAAUGGUGUAGUCAGCCCGUAUCUGAAUUAUUUAUAGACUCGUGCCAGCUGGUUUUUUUUGUUGGUUUUUUUUUUAAUUUAUUUUUUUUUUUUUAAUUCCGCUGGUGUGCACUGUUGGGAAAUGCGUUUUGUCUCCCUUCUUUCUCAAUAUAUUAAUGUCUUUGUUGGGGAGCGGUUUUUAUCCCCUUCAGAUCCCUCUAAUACAAAAUUGAUGCUUAUUUUUCCCUUCAGGAAGGGGACGCUUUGAGGAUAAUCAUGCUUCACAGAAGAACGGCACCGACCUCCAGUUGCAUUAAACACAACCUCUUUCAAUAGGGCUCCAGGAAAAAAAAAAGAAUUAUAAGAAUAAUCAUUAAAAAGGCGAAAGGAAUGCUUACUCUGGAACCUGCAUUUGAUGAUCCUCACCAGUCGUGCUGAAUAUCCUCUGUAGUGAUUCUCUCCAGCUUUUGAAUUUGCACCGCUUCAAGACGCAAGAUUGCCACAAAGAAACCUCUAUUUUUUUUACAGCCAAGUAGGAUUGUUUUUUAGCUCAUUCCCCCACAUUUGCCCCCCGACCCUUAUUCUUCUUAUGUGGAUAUGCAAGCAAGAAGAGGAGACUGGACAUUCCCAACAUGCUCUCUCCCUUGAUCUGUCCGUCUAGAGGUUCUGCUUCUACAAACCAAGGGAGUCGAAGAACCGAAGAUGAGGCCCAGUGUGGAGUGCUACUCUCCGAGGUUUUGGCUGGUGCUGGCAGUCCUUGCAACAACAGGGAGCGGGGCCCAUGCCCAGAAAAGCCACCCGAGCAUUGGCAUUGCAGUCAUCCUGGUGGGCACCUCAGACGAAGUGGCCAUCAAAGAUGCCCACGAGAAAGAUGACUUCCACCACCUCUCAGUGGUGCCUCGGGUGGAGCUGGUGGCCAUGAAUGAGACAGAUCCUAAGAGCAUCAUCACCCGCAUCUGUGACCUCAUGUCAGAUCGGAAGAUUCAAGGGGUGGUAUUUGCUGAUGACACAGACCAGGAAGCCAUUGCCCAGAUCCUGGACUUCAUCUCUGCCCAGACCCUCACUCCCAUCCUGGGCAUCCAUGGAGGCUCCUCUAUGAUCAUGGCAGAUAAGGAUGAGUCAUCCAUGUUCUUCCAGUUUGGCCCAUCAAUAGAACAGCAAGCUUCUGUCAUGCUCAACAUCAUGGAAGAAUACGACUGGUACAUCUUCUCCAUUGUCACUACUUACUUCCCCGGUUACCAGGACUUUGUGAACAAGAUCCGCAGUACCAUUGAGCAUAGCUUUGUGGGUUGGGAACUGGAGGAGGUCCUCCUGUUGGACAUGUCCCUGGACGAUGGGGACUCAAAGAUCCAGAACCAGCUCAAGAAGCUUCAAAGCCCUGUUAUCCUCCUCUACUGCACAAAAGAAGAGGCCACCUACAUUUUUGAGGUGGCCAACUCUGUGGGUCUGACAGGCUAUGGUUACACGUGGAUCGUGCCCAGCCUGGUGGCAGGGGAUACAGACACUGUGCCAUCUGAGUUUCCCACUGGGCUCAUCUCUGUCUCAUAUGAUGAAUGGGACUACGGUCUUCCUGCCAGAGUAAGGGAUGGAAUAGCCAUAAUCACCACGGCUGCUUCUGAUAUGCUGUCUGAACACAGCUUCAUCCCUGAGCCCAAGAGCAGCUGUUACAACACCCAGGAGAAAAGGAUUUACCAGUCCAACAUGCUCAACAGGUACCUGAUCAAUGUCACCUUUGAAGGCAGGAAUUUGUCGUUCAGUGAGGACGGAUACCAGAUGCAUCCCAAGCUGGUCAUCAUCCUUUUGACCAAGGAGAGGAAGUGGGAGAGGGUGGGAAAAUGGAAGGAAAAAAAGUUGCAGAUGAAGUAUUAUGUGUGGCCACGCUUUGAGCUGUAUCCUGACUCUGAGGAACGUGAGGAUGAUCACCUGAGUAUCGUGACCUUGGAAGAGGCACCAUUUGUCAUUGUGGAGAAUGUGGACCCCCUAAGUGGCACCUGCAUGAGGAACACGGUCCCUUGCCAAAAACGCAUAGUGACUGAGAACAAAACCGAUGAGGAGCCAGACUACAUGAAGAAAUGUUGCAAGGGGUUCUGCAUUGACAUCCUCAAGAAAAUCUCAAAGUCUGUCAAGUUCACCUAUGACCUCUACUUGGUGACUAAUGGCAAGCAUGGGAAAAAGAUCAAUGGAACGUGGAAUGGAAUGAUUGGAGAGGUUGUCACCAAACGGGCCUAUAUGGCUGUGGGAUCCCUCACCAUUAAUGAGGAGCGUUCAGAAGUGGUGGAUUUCUCUGUGCCCUUCAUUGAGACGGGAAUCAGUGUCAUGGUGUCACGUAGCAACGGAACUGUCUCACCUUCUGCCUUCUUAGAGCCUUUCAGUGCUGAUGUAUGGGUGAUGAUGUUUGUGAUGCUGCUUAUCAUCUCUGCGGUGGCCGUCUUUGUCUUUGAGUACUUCAGCCCUGUGGGCUAUAAUCGGUGCCUUGCUGAUGGCAGAGAGCCAGGAGGUCCCUCUUUCACCAUUGGCAAAGCUAUCUGGUUGCUGUGGGGGCUGGUGUUCAACAACUCUGUGCCAGUACAGAAUCCCAAGGGUACCACUAGCAAGAUCAUGGUGUCGGUGUGGGCCUUCUUCGCUGUCAUCUUUCUGGCCAGCUACACUGCCAACCUGGCUGCCUUCAUGAUCCAAGAGGAAUACGUGGACCAGGUGUCUGGCUUGAGCGACAAAAAGUUUCAGAAACCAAAUGACUUCUCACCUCCUUUCCGCUUCGGGACGGUUCCUAAUGGCAGCACAGAGAGGAACAUUCGCAACAACUACCCCGAAAUGCACAGCUACAUGGUGAAGUUCAAUCAGAGGGGAGUGGAUGAUGCACUGUUCUCACUGAAGACUGGGAAGUUGGAUGCUUUCAUUUAUGAUGCAGCAGUGUUAAACUACAUGGCUGGCAGAGAUGAAGGCUGCAAACUGGUGACAAUUGGAAGUGGGAAAGUGUUUGCCUCCACUGGCUAUGGCAUUGCCAUCCAAAAGGACUCAGGCUGGAAGCGGCAAGUUGAUCUUGCCAUUCUACAGCUUUUUGGAGAUGGGGAGAUGGAGGAGCUGGAAGCUCUCUGGCUCACUGGCAUUUGUCACAACGAGAAGAAUGAGGUUAUGAGCAGCCAGCUGGAUAUAGAUAACAUGGCAGGUGUCUUCUACAUGCUGGGAGCAGCCAUGGCCCUCAGUCUCAUCACCUUCAUCUGUGAGCACCUCUUCUACUGGCAAUUCCGCCACUGCUUCAUGGGUGUCUGCUCUGGCAAGCCUGGUGUGGUCUUCUCCAUCAGCAGGGGUAUCUACAGCUGCAUCCACGGCGUGGCCAUCGAAGAACGCCAGUCAGCAAUGAACUCCCCCACAGCGACUAUGAACAACACCCAUUCCAACAUCCUCCGCCUGCUUCGGACAGCCAAGAACAUGGCCAACCUGUCAGGGGUCAAUGGCUCACCACAGAGUGCCCUAGACUUUAUCCGCCGCGAGUCAUCGGUCUAUGAUAUCUCUGAGCACCGCCGCAGCUUCACCCAUUCAGACUGUAAAUCCUACAACAACCCCCCCUGCGAGGAGAACCUCUUCAGUGACUAUAUUAGUGAGGUGGAAAGGACCUUUGGCAACCUCCAGCUGAAGGACAGCAAUGUGUAUCAGGAUCACUACCACCACCACCACCGCCCCCAUAGCAUCGGCAGCACCAGCUCCAUCGACGGGCUCUAUGACUGUGACAACCCACCCUUCAAUGCCCAGUCACGGUCCGUUGGGAAGAAGCCCUUGGACCUGGGGUUACCUCCUGCCAAGCACAGCCAGCUGGGUGACCUCUAUGGCAAGUUCUCCUUCAAGAGUGAUCGCUACGGGGGUAGUGGGACCCAUGAUGACCUGAUUCGCUCAGAUGUUUCAGACAUUUCCACUCACACAGUCACCUACGGCAACAUCGAGGGCAAUGCGGCCAAGCGGCGGAAGCAGCAGUACAAGGACAGCCUGAAGAAGCGCCCAGCCUCUGCCAAGUCCCGGCGGGAGUUUGAUGAGAUAGAGCUGGCCUACCGCCGGCGCCCGCCCCGCUCACCUGACCACAAACGCUACUUCAGGGACAAGGAAGGGCUACGGGACUUCUACCUAGACCAGUUUCGGGCCAAGGAGAACUCGCCGCACUGGGAACAUGUGGACCUGACGGAUAUCUACAAAGAGCGGGGAGAUGAGUUUAAGCGGGACACAGGAGGAGGAGGAGGGGGUGGAUCCUGCACCAACAGGGCCCACCACAAGCACGGCUCGGGCGAGUUCGGUGGAAGCAAUGAGCACAAGCAUGGUGUUGUGAGUGGGGUCCCAGCGCCAUGGGAGAAGAACCUGACCAAUCUAGACUGGGAGGACCGGACCGGGGCUAAUUUCUGCCGCAGUUGCCCUUCUAAGCUGCACAACUACACGCCAUCAGUGGUGGGUCAGAAUUCCACCCGGCAGGCCUGCAUCCGCUGUGAGGCUUGCAAGAAAGCGGGCAACCUGUAUGACAUCAGUGAGGACAACUCACUCCAAGAGCUGGACCAGCCACCUGCCCCUGUGCCCGUGGCCACUAGUGCCACCUCUUCCUCCAAAUAUCCUCAGAGCCCUUCCAAUUCUGCUUCCAAGGUGCAGAAGAAGAACCGCAACAAGCUCCGCCGGCAGCAUUCCUAUGACACCUUUGUGGACCUGCAGAAGGAUGACUCAGCCUUGGCCCCCCGCAGCGUCAGCCUCAAGGACAAGGGCCGGUUUUUGGAGGGGAGCCCCUAUGCCCACAUGUUUGAGAUGCCAGCUAGUGAGACCACCUUUGCCAACAACAAGUCCUCAGUGCCCGCCACCAGCUACCACCACCACAACAACCCCGGCAGCAGUGGGGGCUACAUGCUCAGCAAGUCGCUCUACCCCGACCGGGUCACCCAAAACCCUUUCAUCCCCACUUUUGGGGAUGACCAAUGCUUGCUCCACGGCAGCAAAUCUUAUUUCUUCAGGCAGCCUGUGGUGGCAGGAGGGCCCAAAGCCAGGCCAGACUUCCGAGCCAUUGUCACCACCAACAAGCCGGUGGUCUCAGCCCUUCAUGGGGCUGUGCCAGCCCGUUUCCAGAAGGACAUCUGUAUAGGGAACCAGUCCAACCCCUGUGUGCCUAACAACAAAAACCCCAGGGCUUUCAAUGGCUCCAGCAACGGGCAUGUUUAUGAGAAACUCUCCAGUAUUGAGUCUGAUGUUUGAGUGAGAG